AAACAUAACAUACCUAACCUCCAACCUGAAGUGAAAAAGCAUAAUGGGAAGAAGAAAACGAGGCCGUUGUGUUAAAAAGAAUAUUAACAAUAACAUUGAACCCGAUGAUAUCGUCCAAGCACCACAUUCCUUUGUUAUUCAUAAAGGACUUCCUGGUGGUCAUACAUUGGAAUUGACGAAAGAUUUUAGAAAAGUAAUGGAGCCAUUUACGGCUUCAUCCUUAAAGGAAAGGAAAAAGAAUACUAUAAAAGACUUUGUAGCAGUAGCUGGACCUCUUCACGUUUCUCACAUUUCCAUCUUUUCCAGAACAGAAUUGGGAAUGUAUUUAAAAAUAAUGCGUUUACCUAGAGGUCCAACAUUAACUUUCAAAAUUCAUAAUUAUUCGCUAGCUAGAGAUGUCGUUUCAUCUCUGAAAAAGCAAAUUGUUGUAGACACAGCAUUUAAACACUCUCCUUUAAUAGUCCUAAAUAGUUUUAGUGGAGAAGGUCAACAAAUGAAGCUUAUGGCCUCUAUGUUUCAAAACAUGUUUCCUACGAUAAAUUUAACAUCUGUGGAUUUGAACACGAUAAGGCGAUGUGUACUGUUGAAUUAUAAUCCGACAACAAAACUGAUAGAUUUUCGACACUACACUAUAAAAGUUGUUCCUGUGGGAGUUUCUAAAGGAGUAAAAAAGGUGGUCCAGGGGAAAGUUCCUAAUCUGGCUAGAUGUAGCGAUAUUUCCGAAUUUUUCAUAAAGACAGGUUUAUUAUCUGAAAGCGAAGCUGAAGAUGAUCCUCAAAAUCAUGUAACUCUACCACAAAAGUUAGCAUCUAGGGGUAAUAUAGAAUCAGGAAAAUCUGCUAUUAGACUUAGUGAAUUAGGACCCCGGUUAACUCUACAAUUAAUUAAAAUUGAAGAUGGUUUAUUGGACGGAGAAGUUUUAUAUCACGACUUAAUCCAUAAGUCCGAGGAAGAAAAAGCAGAAAUUGAAAAACGACGGGAAUUGAAAAAGACGCUGAAAGAGAAGAGGAAGAAAGCUCAGGAAGCUAAUAAGAAAGCUAAGGAUGAUGCGAAACAAGAACAGAAAGAACGUUCACUGAAAGGUAUACAAGGCAAGGUAAAGACGGAAACAGACAUACAAAUGCUAAAAUCUUCAAAGGAAGCAAAUAAAGCAGCUACCAUCGAGGAAGAUGAUGACCGAGAGUAUUACAAGCAAGAAGUCGGUGAAGAACCUGAUAAAGAUCUAUUUUCUACAAACCGUACUGGAGGCAAAAGGAAGUUUGAGGGACCGCAUUUUCGGAAUAAGAGGGCUAAACAAGAAAAUAGUGCAGAAAAACGUCCCCAGCAUAGUUUUUCUCAUAACAACGAAAAGAAAAAGCCAUUUGGUAAAGAUAAUAAAUUCAAAGGAAACAAAUUCAAAGGUGACAAGAAAAUGAAGAGUAAAGGCAAGGGUGUGGAUAAAACUAAUUCAUAUAACAGAGACCACAGGCCGAUUGGUGGGAAAAUUACGAAAAAGAAAUUUAAAGGGAGGAGCAAAAAAUAAUCUAAAAAUAUUUAUUUUUUAAUAAACAACUUCAUAAAAUA